UCGCCCGCCCCCUCCUCCUCCUCUCUCCCCGUCUCGCCCUAACAGCAUUUUCGCAAUGUUUGUCUCCCCUUCUCCCCAGAACGUCUCUAGUGGGUGCGCCUCAGCCAAUGAGCGAGCCACUCUGGAAAAGCCCCCUCCUUUGUGUCGCGGGGUGGGGGCAGAGGAGCUGACGCUGAGAGUCCAGGCGACCCUCCUUUGGCCGUCUCCAGCCUUUUAAACGAGCCUCGCAGCCUCGCCUGCCCUCCAGUAGUCACCCCCCCCACACGCCUUCUAGUUCCUCUGAUCGAGCGGAGCGCGCCCAUGCGCCGUCCGGCGGCACUCUGCGCUGAAUGGACGCCGAAGCCGCCUUCGGAGAAGCCCGGAGAAGCCUGGAUGAGGUGCCGGACAAGAGCAUGGAGGGCUUGCUGAGCUCGCCGACGUUCCCUGCCGGCGGCCCCUGCAGGAACGUGGCUCUGGGCAGCCCCAGCCCGACCAUGCACGGCUCCGCUUACCCUUCUUCCCUGGACUGCCCUUCCUCCGGCUCCGGAGAAACCUCGGCCAAGCUAGGCAUUCCGUGCCCGGCCAUCCCGCAGGCAUCCUCGACGACCACCGCCUCGCCCUUCUCCUACGGAUAUUUCGGCGGCGGCUACUGCCCUUACCGAGUGGCCCGGGGUUCCCUCAAGCCGUGCCCCGCACCGCCGCAAGGCGGCUACCCGGCGGUGGCGGAGAAGUACCUGGACGCUUGCAACUCGGCGGCGGCGGCUCCGGAGGAGUACCAGACGCGGCCGGCCGAGUUCGCUAUCUACCCAGGCUACGCUGGGCCUUACCAACCGAUGGCGAGCUACCUGGACGUUUCGGUGGUUCAGACCAUAGGAGGGCCUCCUGGCGACGCCAGGCACGAAGCGCUCCUGCCCAUGGACCCUUACCACGAACCUUGGGCCUUGGCCGGGGGCUGGAACAACCAAAUGUGUUUUCCAAAAGAUCAAAGCCCAGCAGGACACUAUUGGAAAAGUGCUUUUGCAGAAGCUGUAGGCCAGCACCCUCCAGAGGGGUGCACCUUCCGCCGCGGCCGCAAGAAGAGAAUCCCGUACAGCAAAGGGCAGCUGAAAGAGUUGGAGAAGGAGUACUCCAACAGCAAGUUCAUCACCAAGGACAAGAGGAGAAAUAUUUCCGCUGCCACCAACCUCACGGAGAGACAGAUCACCAUUUGGUUCCAGAACCGGAGGGUGAAAGAGAAGAAGAUAGUGGCCAAGGUGAAAACCACGGCGGCCACCCCCAGCAGCAGCAGCAGCAGCAGCAACACCCCGUGAGAUGCAGAGACGUUCAGGGGAGGAAUAAACAGAAAGGCGGCGGGAAAGAAGCCCCAGGGAGGAAAGAGAGGGAGAAACUGAUGCAGGCACCUCUGCCCCCUCCCCACGGCCUUGCUUGGGCAGGAGAUGGGGGAAAGGCGGGCAGGGGCAAGGAAGGAGGGAGGACCCAAGGCAGAGCGUGAAGUCUCCGGUAGCCUUUCCCCUCUCCAGCCUCCGAUGGUCUCCAUUCGCCGUCUCGAUUGAGGAAGCGAACAACAUCCUCUGAGCCCUGGCCUUGCCGGGGGCCUCUGUUCACCUCCCUCGUACUGUCUUGUUUUAUGUUUCUCGUCGUCAUCGUCGUGUUGUGACUGCUGUUUUCUCGAGUAAGUUAAAACCCGAUUGACAAAGACAGCCGGUGAUUUUCAGUGUGCUGCCAUGUCCCCGCCGGCUUCAUUAUUAUUAUUAUUUGAUUGCGAGGGCAGGGGGAGAAACCCGGGUGCAAUUAACAAGUUUUAUGGUUUUUGCCGCCUUAGUGCCCUUAUUAUGUGAAGGAUAUUAUAUUUUUCUUUGUACGAAGUUCAGUGAUUAAGGGUGGGGAAGGAAACAAAAUGCAACCAAGGAAACGAAAACUGUCCGUAACUCCGACCGAAUGUCAAAUAAAUUCUCAAUAACCACGA